AUGUCUGGAAUGUGGGCGAUCGACAGCGGUACAACACAUCACAUCUGCUAUGACAAGUCCAAGUCUGAAGUUAUGGACGAGCGCAAUGAAGGUGAAGUGUUGGUUGCAGAGGGGAACAAGGCUGCGAUCAAUGGUGUUGGGACAAUCGUCGAAAAGGUGGUCCUGUCCAAUGGUGAAGAGCGCGAAGUCGAGAUCAAGAACGCGCUUUACGUUCCAAGCAUGAACAAGAACUUGCUGUCGAUACCACAAAUUAACAAAAGCGGCAAGUUUCAAGUGGUGUUUGAUGUUGAAGAAAUGAAGAUUUCGCACAAAGGCUCCAAGCAAGUAAUGGCGAUAGCCGAUCUUGUGGAUGGCCUCUACUGGCUUCGUACAUCCCAACGAUCCGUGAAUGCGGCUUCAGGACCAAGAGUCGAAAACCUUCAUGCGCGUAUGGGCCACGCAACGGUUGAUGUCUUGUGCAGGAUGAUCUCCAAGGGCAUGAUCAGGAUUCCAACAUGCGAACAAAAUUGA